AUGGCGCUUGACUACCUUCUCCGCCGGGGCACCUACGAUGCCCCAACUAGAGUUACAGACGAAGUCAAGCGCUCAGGGUCUUCCCUUCCGAAUGGUUGCGAGAGUCGACCUGGUGACCUGAUUUUCUCUACGCCUACUGGACCAGAUGGGAGCUCUACGACCCCUACAUCAUCAGAAUUACCCGAGUCACUACUGAGAUCCAUAGAGUCAACUCAAGUCGAGUAUAAACAAGUUGGAUCCAGUGGUCUACGUGUUUCAAAUCCCAUCCUCGGGACCCUAGGUAUUGGCAAUACGCAAUGGCUUAGCUGGGUAAAGAGCGAAGAAGAAGCGACAGAAAUACUCCAUGCUGCUUACCGAAAAGGCAUCAACACCUGGGAUACUGCGAAUGCGUACAGCAACGGUCAAUCAGAAUCAAUUAUAGGUCGAGCGAUUAAGAAACUGAAUAUCCCGCGACGAAAGCUGGUUUUAAUGACCAAGAUUGGCCGAAUUGUUGCAGACACAGAAAACGGUCCCUCCAGUGACUUUGUUGCGUUCUUGGAUGGCCCAGUUCAGAGAAGCAAAGACUAUGUGAAUCAAUACGGCCUAUCGAGAAUCGCCAUUCUGACUGGAGUUGAUCAGUCACUGGAGCGACUACAGACCCCAUACAUCGACGUGCUACAUAUACACCGAUGGGACCCUCAUACGCCUGUUGAAGAAACCAUGAGCACUCUUCACCAACUUGUAUGUAGCGGCAAGGUUCGAUAUCUCGCCGCGUCGUCAAUGUGGGCAUUUCAACUGGCCCAGCUUCAAUGUGUGGCAGCACUCAACGGGUGGACCAGGAUUGUGGCAAUGCAAUGCCACUACAACCUUCUCUAUCGCGAAGAGGAGCGAGAGAUGGUGAAAUUCUGCAAUAUGACCGGAGUUGGAAUACUAUCUUGGGCACCCCUGGCCGAAGGCACUCUCGCUCGUCCUCUUGGUGUAACCGGACAAACGAAACGGUCGGCAACGGGCUCACGAUAUGAUUAUGGAAAGUCAGAGGCUGAUAAGGAAAUUAUCAAACGGGUCGAAUACCUUGCCAGCAAACAUCAAGUUCCAAUGAGCCGUGUCUCACUCUCUUGGCUCAGGAGGCGGGUCGCUUCAGCUGUCGUUGGCAUCAACAGCCUCUCGCGGAUGGAUGAUAUUCUGGCUUCACAAGAAUUCGAGCUGACAGAUGAAGAAGAUGAGUAUCUGGGUGAGCCGUAUGUGCCAAAGGCUGUUCAGGGGCAUUCUUGA